AUGCCUGGCAGAGGGGAGCCAGUCUUCAAGAAGAGGGAUCACUCCGACACACAGCUUAAGAAGCACCGAGCCCCCCGUAUCCUCACCAUCCGAACCGCAGAGGAAUACUUAACAAGGUUUGGCUGGGGCGAGCCCAUUGACUGGGAACAUCAAGUUUCAGGGACGGGCACAGUUCCACAAGAGAAAAACCCCGCACCCCAAGAUGCACCUCAGCUCAUGACUGAAGGGCCCUCUGCAGAGUCUGACACAGAAGAGCUCGUGGACAAACUUUCUUACCUUCGCAAUCUCAAGGAGUUCCAGAAAGCCAAUGGCCUGAACCCCAGCGGAGUCCUGGACAAUGCCACCCUCAAUGUAAUGAACAUGCCUCGUUGUGGAGUGCCCGAUAAGAUGCUGCCGUCAGACAGCACUCUGCCUGAAAGCACGGGAAUCAGCUCCAAUAGCACCCGGCCAAAGUCUGUCCGGAAGAAACGUUUCCUUGCUGGUCUAAUGGCUCAUGCCAGGGCAAAGCGGGACAGUCAGGACAUCCUGGGAGGAGCAGCUAGUAGCCUGGGCUUUUCAAAGAGAAAGCUGAAAUGGCGCCUGAUAGAUGAGGCCUACACCAUCCAAAUGAGCAUCGAGCAGCAGAAGAAUAUCCUGAGACUGGCCUUCCGCAUGUGGAGUGAGGUGACCCCACUGGAGUUCGAGGAGGACUUGGUUUCUCUUCCGGCUGACAUCGACAUUAAACUGGGCUUCGGAACAGGGCAACAUCUCGGCUGUUCUCAGGACUUUGAUGGGACUGGACAGAUCUUCGCCCAUGCUUGGUACUUGGCUGAUAUCCAUUUUGACGAUGCUGAACACUUUGUUGUCACCAACAACGGUCAGGGCAUUAGUCUCCUUCCGGUUGCUGUCCAUGAAAUUGGCCAUGCCCUCGGUCUGUCCCAUCUCCUUCGAAAAGGCUCCAUCAUGCACCCCAAUUACAACACCCAGAGUGAAAACUUCGAAUUGGACUGGUUAGACAGAAAGGCCAUGCAACGUUUAUAUGGUGUUUGUGAAGGUGCUUUCAGCACGGUCUUUGACUGGGUCUAUCCACGUGAGAAUCCCGACGGCACCUUAACUUACCACUUCAACACCUACUUCUUCAGGAAGAGUUGGUAUUGGAUGUACGAGAACAGGAGCAACAGAACACGCUACGGAGAUCCAAUUCCUAUCUCUGCGGGCUGGCGCAAUCUCCCUGAUUCUAAUAUCGAUGCCUUUGUUCAUGUCUGGGCCUGGAGCAGUAACCUGGAGGAGAAGAGAGAUGCCCAGUACUUCUUCAAAGGGACACAAUACUGGCACUAUGAUCCCAUUAAUGAUAUGGCUUUUACUGAGGAUGCACACAGCACCAGAUAUCCCAAGCUCAUCAGCGAAGGGUUCCCUGGUGCCCCAAGCCCAAUAGACACUGCGUAUUUUGACAGAAAGGACCGGAAUAUUUAUUUCUUCAGGGGCGACGAGGUGACGGCGUUCACUAUCGAUCUUAAUCAGAAGGUCAGCGGGUUUCCCAGAAAGAUGGUGGAUUUUUUCCCACCCGUGGUGGCUGGUGACCAUCCGGUGGGGAACCUGGAUGCUGCGUUUUACUCCUACACCCACCGCGCCCUCUUCUUCCUGAAGGGCCAGUAUUUCUGGAGGGUGGUGAGUGAGCAAGAACGUCAGGUCAGCCCCGCACUGCCGGUCAGGGGUCUGCACGGCCGCGGGAGAGUGUCCGAGCAAUGGUUCGACAUCUGCGACAUCCACUGGUCGAUGCUUGGUGUGAAGCCCAGUUAA